ACGAGAUGACUCUUGUCCGUCCCAUCUUCUUUCUCUCUUCUCUUCCUCUGUGUUCGAAUCGAAGCCGUAGCUACUCCGGUUUUGUCUCUGGGAUCGAAAUUACUCCUUUUUAGUGGCGUAAUUGAGAUCAAUUUGCUGAAAACUGGAAAGAAAAAAAAAUGCCAACAGAGACAACGGAGAACGUUGCGACGCCUUUGCUUUUAACCGGAGGAGGAGGUGAACAUGCCCUUGGUGGAAGGAGGUCGGUGAGGAGACAAGGGCUGAGAGAAGCGGCGAGGCUACUAAGACAUGCAAGUAGCGGGAGGAGGAUGACGAUGAUGAGAGAGGCGUCGAUGCUGGUUCGUGAAUCAGCGGCGGAGCAGCUCGAGGAGAGGCAAAGCGAUUGGGCUUACUCGAAGCCCGUGGUGGUUCUUGAUUUCAUUUGGAACCUUGCUUUCGUCGCCGUUGCUGCAUCUGUUAUCGUGCUUAGCAGCGAUGAGAAGCCCAAUACGCCGCUUAGGGUUUGGAUUAUUGGGUAUGGGUUGCAAUGUGUGAUGCAUAUGGUCUGUGUUUGUGUUGAGUAUCGUAGAUGGAGAAGUAAUAGGAUCCCAAGCUCUCCUUCUUCUUCUAUGGAGGAUCAAUACUUAGAGAGUGGAAGCAAAAGGUUUGCUAAGCAUUUAGAGUCUGCAAAUACAAUUUUCUCAUUUAUAUGGUGGAUCAUUGGAUUCUACUGGGUAUCUUCUGGUGGCCAACAGAUAGCUCAAGGAUCCCCUCAGCUUUACUGGUUGUGUAUAGUGUUUCUCGGUAUCGAUGUGUUCUUUGUGAUUUUCUGCAUUGCACUGGCUUGUGUGGUCGGCAUCGCUGUUUGCUGCUGCUUGCCUUGCAUCAUUGCAGUUCUGUACGCAGUGGCAGAACAGGAAGGGGCUACGAAAGAAGACAUUGACCAACUAACUAAGUUCAAAUUCCGAAAGGUUGGUGAGUCUGAGAAACAUAAUUUUGAUGAAGAACAAGCACAAGGAGAUUCAGGAGGAGUUAUGACUGAAUGUGGUACAGAUUCACCCCUCGAACAUACUCUUUCUCGUGAGGACACAGAAUGCUGCAUUUGUCUUUCAGCGUAUGAAGAUGAGACAUAGCUAAGAGAACUGCGUUGUGGCCACCAUUUCCAUUGCAGUUGCGUGGACAAAUGGCUUUACAUAAACGCUACUUGUCCUCUCUGCAAAUACAACAUCCUCAAGAAUAGCAACUAUGAAGAUGGCGAGGAAGUCUAAAACAGAAGAAGAAGAAGAAACAAACUUGCAAAUUGUACACAGUUUACAUGUAUCAUUAGCAGCGAGGUACCCAAGAAAGAAAAAAAGGUUCAACAGUUGUACACAGUUUAGUUAAUGUUGUUGAAUUUUAUUAACAUAUUUUGGUUCUUAC